CUGCCUGCUUCCAAAAAGCUGGGAUUAAAGGUGUGUUGGUGUAGGAGGUUCUUCUGUUCAUACCUUGCUUUCACUGGUUAAUGAAUAAAGAAACUGCUUUGUGCCUGUUAGGGCAGAACUUAGAGGUAAGUAGAGAAGACAGAACUGAAUGCAAGGAAGAAGGGCAGAGUGAGGGAUGCUGUGGAUCUCCUGCCUGAGACGGAUGCUGGUUAGAAUCUUGCCCAUAUGUAACAGUUAUGUGGUGAUACACAGAUGAAUAGAAAUGGGUUAAAUUAAGAUGUAAGUAUUAGCCAAUAAGAAACUAGAGCUAAUGGGCCAAGCAGUGUUUUCCUGAAUACAGUUUCUUUGUGAUUAUUUCAGGGACUAAGCUAGCCAGGCAGCAAAGAUAAACAAGGGGCCCUGCUCCUUGUAACAGUGUGUGCCACCACACCUUAAAUUCACAGAGAUCCAUUUGCCUCUGCCUCCCAAGUUUUGGUAUUAAAGGUGUGUGCCACAACACCUUGAACUCAUAGAGGUCUGCCUGCCUCUGUCUCCCAAGUGUUGAGAUUGAAGGUGUGUGCCACCAACACAACUACUCUCUUUUUUCUUUUUUCUCUCAAGCCUACAUACAUUUUUAAACACAGUAAAACAUUUAGACCAUUUUUUUUGUCUUUUAAUCUAUCUUUACUGUAUAUCUCUCUCUUUGUGACCACAUGAGCCUUUAAUUUGCUAAGCAAUUUGGGUAUAAUUAAAGCCUUGGCUUUGAUGGCUGGAUCCAGUCCAUUUCUUAGCUUUGUGAGAUCCCAACCUCAUGGCGGAGAUACCAGCUGUAGCCAUGUUUAUUGCCACAACUCAAUGGCAUUUCAAGUUUCCUGCCAGCAAGCAAGCUUCAGCACUGUGCUCAAAGACCACACUCAAAUGCUCCCUAGUCAGACCACCUGCCUGAAAGACACAGUUUGUCCUGGCAGGACAGCCCAGAAAGAUGGAAUUUUAAAAUGGAAUGGCUUUUUUUCCUGCUAUGGGUGGAAACCAAAAAGUAUGCAGUCAGCUUUUCAUCAACACUGUUUCAGUGUUUUGUGGCAGGACCUCUCAAAGAGCUGCAGGGUUUUUCAGCUAAAGCUGAGUCAGGAAGCCUCUCUUAAAUGAUUGCCUCUAGCAAGCAGAGCCCACCUGAGAAAAUGCUACUAUCAAUAAGCUGUGCUUAACUCUACUCUUUUCUGUCUAGAAUUACUUCCCAAGCUCUGUCAAGCUUUAUGUGGAUACAGGCAUCCACACGUUGGCACCAUUUGUUGGAGGGUUACCAUCCUACCCAGUUCGUGCAGGAGUUAAAUCCCAGAAUAUAGGCAUUUGGCCCACACCAGAGACUGUUGCAACAUGUACCAGGCCUGCAAGCGUUUGCAUCAGAUGGGAUCCUCAAGAUGGGAGAAGUGGGCACACGAGACAUCCCUAACCCAGAAGCAAUCUGCAAUUGAUAGCUACUUGGGAAGCUCCAGGCUGCCCUGGAGAUGCAGAUGGCUAAUGAGAAAAGAUGUGACCAGUGGGAAGACAACAUUCAAAAGGAGAGAACUACCUGGGAGAAGCAAAUACAGAUUGAGGUAGAAAACGUUGAGAUGGAGUUGAAAGGACUGCGGGAAUUCCUGGACUCCAAGGAGAAGAAUGAGGUUGAGAAGCUGAUGAAAGAGAAGGAAGAUAUUCUAGACGUCCUGGAAGAUUCUCAAAAUGAGCUGGUGAAGCAGAGGGAGUCAGUGAGAAACCUCAUCUCAGAUCUGGAGCAUGGGUUGCAGUGCUCAACCAUGGAGAUGCUGCAGGGUGUGAAUCAUGUCCUAACAAGGAGUCAGAACUUAAGACUGAAAGAGCCCAAAAUGGUCCCGAGUAAACAGAGAAAGAUCUUCCGGGCUCCAGAUCUAAAAGGCAUGCUGCAAGUGUUUCAAGGGCUCUUGGAUGCCCAGCGCCACUGGGUUCAUGUGACCCUGAAUCAAAGACAAGAUAAAAACAUUGUCAUUAAUGAAGACAAAAGACAAAUACAACAUCGAAAUGGUAAUAAAAGAAAUUCUCAGAUUUCUAAGACCUACAAAUUGGGUGUAAUAGGGUAUCCAGCUAUCCACUCAGGAAAACAUUACUGGGAAGUAGAUGUGUCUAGAUGUGAUGCCUGGCUCCUGGGAAUAAAUAAUGGAAAAUGUGCUAAACCCCAGCUUCCUGCAGCAAAUGAAAAGAACUUCAAUGUCAAAUAUAAUUCUAAUGUUAAACGAAGUGUAAAUUAUAACCCUUUCAACUUUGACGAUGAAUACACACAUGAUUUUGGGGACAGACAAUAUGUGAAUUAUCAACGUAAACUUGAAGUUAAAGAUGAUUCUGAUGAUAAACAGCAUGCAAAUUAUCAGCCCAAAUGUGGCUACUGGGUUAUAGGGAUGACGAACAGGUCUGUGUAUAAUGCCUUUGAAGAGUGUUCUGUCACCCACAAUGCCAGUGUCUUGCUCCUCUCUCUGACUCGUCCUCCCACUCGUGUUGGAAUUUUCCUGGACCGAGAAGCUUGCACUCUCUCAUUUUAUGAUGUUUCCAACCAUGGAGCUCUCAUCUACAGAUUCUAUGAACCGAACUUCCCUGAUGCUGUUUAUCCAUAUUUUAAUCCUAUGACAUGUUCAGAGCCAUUGACAGUCUGUGGGCCACCCUCCUAAGCCCUCCCUGUAUUUGCACAGUGUCCCUGUAUCUGAUGUAUCCCAUAUGUCUGAGGUCUGUGGCAUCAUUUUAACUUUUUCUACCUUUUGACUUACCAUUUCAGUAACCUUCACUUCUAAAUACAAACCAGUAUUGGUUCUUUUCCUUGAUCCAGUUGCUUGUCUGUUUAGGAGGUUAUAGUAAUUUAUCUCUUCCCAGAUUCCCACCGACAAUGACUCUUUCCUCAGGAGGUGAGAUAAGACCUCUGCUAACCCACACUUCCUGUUUUGUGGUGCCACAGAUGGAAGCCAGGGCCUUGUGCAUGCUGAGGAGGUGCUCUGCCCCAGAGCCACUUGUCUCAGCUCUGCCAAGUCUCCACAACCCCAUUCCUCUGUCGCUGACAGAAGAUGACAGAAAGUUCUUCUCCAGCUUGUCUAUUACUUUUGAAAAUAUAUGUCAGAGAGUCUAGCCUAGGAAUGAGCCCUUAGUGUUACAUCAGUUUAACCACAAUGCUGUGCUUCAUCAAAACCUAAGAAGGAAAUAUCUCCAACAGCACCCACUAAGACUUUGUGUGUUCUGAGCACCUUCCUCUGCUCCAUUUCUGCCACUCCCCAUAGCAGUGUAGCCCUGAAUGACAUCCUCAAAGGCCUAUGCCUAUGUCAUUUUAUCUUUGCAUUUUUGAUAUUAAUCGUGUUCCUAUACUCUAGGUUGGUGUAAAAAAAUAAAUGUGGGGUCUGUUCUAAGUCCCCGAGGAUAAGAGCAAGGCUGCUGACAGGGCUUAGUCACUCAAACCCACCUGUAAAGGGACAGCCAACUCCUACCGAUUAUCCUCUGCUUCCCACACGUGUGGUAGUAUACACAAAUGCAAAAUGGAUUAUGUAUGUAUUAAAAUGGAAAUAAAUUCACUGAGAAUAAAACA